GAGAAACAACGGAGACGAAAGAAUGGAAAUUUCGUUGGAACGACAACGUGUGUGCGUGCAUCGUUACAGGUGACGAAGACAGAACCUUGCCAGCGCCACCUGAGAGCCAGCACGGUCCCUCAAAAUGGCCGUCCCUCUCACCUCAGAUCUUCCUGGAACGUCGAAGGAAGCAGGUGGCAAUAUUCAGGUUCAACUUCUCGCGUGGCCGCCUCGCUUGGUAGCGAGACCUCAAUUCCAGGUGGCGGACACACGAAAACCGUGCCAGAAAACGUUCGACAGGAAGGUCGAGACUAUCAAGCCGAGCCUCUCCGGUGUGUACUGGAUAAUCGAAAUUCAAAACCAAAGUCGUCGUUCUACGAGAGAAGCGUCGAUCGUCCAGCCUUCGUCACGGUUUCCACUCGCAGUUAGAGAUCCGUGAAGUCGGGAUAUACUCUGCUCGCCAGGUGAAUCUGUUCCCGGAAUUUCUUCUUCUUCGUUCCUCCUCUUCGUUCUUCCUCGAUAGAAGAAGCGGUGCGCGCGCGGACACGAGGUCCUCCGACGUUGGUCUCUCGCGGUGAUCAUCGGCACCUGGUGAUUUCAAUGCAUGGUGAGGCUGUAAGAGAGAGAGAAAGAGAGAGAGAGAGAGAGAAAAUUCGUACCCGAGAAGGUGGCAUCGUGCGCGAUUUUCUCGCAGUGUGUCUUUGGUCGACCAGGUGUGCAGGUAGUACACGGCAAAGUCGAUAGGAAAUAAAUCGUGGAAUUCGUGGAAUUUCAUCAUCAUCAACAGGAAGAAACCGAUCUUGAAAAGAUACCAGUGUAGAGGAGAAGGUUUGCGGAACGAUGCUACACCGGGACGAUCGUCGAAGAUUCUCGUGGACCAAACUGGUGGACAUGGAAGUAUGAGAACGAUCGCACGCGGUGUGUUCCACGGCGUUGAGGUGUAGCGCUGAUUGAGGACGCUAGAAGAUUAGCCAACGAACGAAAACCGAAAAAAAGCAGGAUCCAGGAUGUAUCGGCCGAACUUUUACGAAAGCACGUGUCUGAGGUGUGCCCAGACCGUGUACCAGGUGGACAGAGUCGGCCCGCUGAAGGACUUCACGUUCUUCCAUGCCGGUUGCUUCAAGUGCGCGAUCUGCGGCACCAAGUUGACCCUGAAAACCUACUACAACAACCAGCACACGAUCAACGACAAGGAGGUGUACUGUAGCAGCCACGUUCCUAAACCAGGCCCAGGGACCUUGGACGGGUCCAGCGUAGGCAUCAGGUCCGCGCUGAACGUACCGAGGAGUGGUUACGUCAACGAGCAGAUUAGAGCUGGUGGCGCGUCACCGCGGGGAGUUUAUCCACCUUGUUACGAUAAUGUAGACUCGCCUAAUUGUGCCAGGCACCUGAACGGACACGGUUCACCGCCGGCUACGAAUUCGUCCCAACGCGAUCUUCACGGGAACGCCAGUGGAGGCGCGUCCUCGCCGUACAACCACAAUUAUUCCGGGGACGGAAGCUACCAGUAUGGAAGGUUCGACGCGAGCGCGCUUCACAUCGCCCAUGCCCUUAAGCAGACGGAGCUUCAGAAGGGCUACAGCAAGGCACGCGAGAAGCCCAUCGAUUAUUAUCUGGACCGAGAUGAACAGACGCGGCUCGAGAUGAAACAUCGCAAGGAGGAGGAUGACCUCUAUCGGAAAUUCGCCCACCAUCGCGAGGAGGAGGACAGACGGAUUCGAGAGGAAUUUAGAGACGAAUGGGAGAAGGAACUGGAGGAAUUAUCGGCUAGAUGGGAACGCGAAAAAGGCGGAAGAGCCCGAGCCCAGCAAUUUCAGCAAGAGAAAGAGGACUUGGAGAAGAACAUGACACUUCGUAGGGACAAGAAGAAGGAAAGUCUCACGCGUAAAAUGCUGGAGCACGAACGAGCGGCGACCGCAGCGUUGGUGGAGAAACAGAGCUCGGAGAUGCUGGAGCUGAUCAAUGAAGCGAGAAGCGAGUAUAUGCGGCAGGAGAGUCUGUAUCUCGACGAAGGGGAUGGUUAUGCCCAGGAAGCACCGCCUUUACCUUAUCCGUCGCGUGCUCCACCCCCGCAGCCCCCUGCUCUCGCCAAGUAUCACAUCUACAAUGAUCCUCUGGAGUUUGCUGACAUGGAUCAGAUAGCUAUUUCGGUAGCCCAAGAAGAUCAGAAAACGUUCACAGAUUUGGUGCGACAGUUGGUGAGCAGAUGCGGAUCGGAUAUAGAGAAAGCUAGGACGAUAUUCCGAUGGAUCACCGUGAAGAAUCUAAACACCAUGCAGUUCGACGAGAAUCUGUGCGGGGACACGCCUAUGGGCUUGCUCAGAGGCAUAAAACACGGGACUGAAAGUUACCACGUUCUGUUUAAACGGCUAUGCAGUUACGCGGGAUUGCACUGCGUAGUGAUAAAGGGUUACAGCAAAUCGGCUGGUUAUCAGCCAGGCGUUUGCUUCGAGGACAAUCGAUUCCGGAAUAGUUGGAACGCAGUCUACGUUGCUGGCGCGUGGAGAUUCGUCCAGUGCAAUUGGGGGGCGCGACAUCUGGUCAAUGCCAAAGAAUUUCCUCGUCCUGGUCAGCCAAAAGCCAAGAACGACAGCCUCAGAUACGAAUACGACGAUCACUACUUCCUCACGGAUCCGCGAGAGUUCAUCUACGAGUUCUUUCCCCUUCAGGAGGAAUGGCAAUUGCUCAAACAACCGAUUUCGCUCAAAGAUUUCGAAGAAUUGCCUUUCGUGCGCUCGUUGUUCUUCAGGUACGGCCUCUACUUUCCGGAUACGAACACGAAUGCCGUUAUGUACACGGAUUCUACGGGUGCCGCGACCGUCAGGAUAGCCAUGCCAGCUCACAUGCAGUCAGCCCUCAUCUUUCACUAUAAUCUCAAAUUCUACGAUAACGACGGCGACGGGUACGACGGUGUCUCGUUGAAACGAUUCGUCAUGCAGAGCGUUGUUGGGAAUAUCGUCGCGUUUCGCGUGCACGCACCGUGUUCAGGGGCUUUCCUCCUGGACAUUUUUGCUAACGCUGUGACGCCGAAGGAAUACUUAACCGGUGAGCCUAUGAAGUUCAAGAGUGUGUGCAAAUUCAAAAUCGCAUGCGAGGAAUUGCAAACCGUGAUGGUACCAUUGCCAGACUGCGCGAGUGGCGAAUGGGGCCCGACAAAAGCCACGAGACUGUUUGGUAUUAUACCAAUAACUCAUCAGGAGGCUCUGGUGUUCGCCGGUCGCGAAUUGGAAAUCCAAUUUCGAAUGUCCAGACCACUGACCGACUUCAUGGCGACGUUGCACAAAAAUGGAAUCGAAGAAAAACGGCUGUCCAAAUACGUCACGCAUUCGAUCGCCGACGAUGACGUAGUGACUUUCUCGAUUAGCUUUCCCGAGGAGGGCCAGUAUGGCUUAGAUAUUUACACCAGGGAAUCGACAGGUCCUACAAACGUGCCGCAUGACAUCACCGGUGAAAAGCACUUGCUCACGCAUUGCUGCAAGUAUCUGAUUAACUCCAGCAAGAGGAAUUAGCAACGUUGACUUUGUAUACACAUACAGAGAUAUAACGAUUUCGCUGGAUCGAUUCGAUACAUGGACACGAAGAAAUAUAUCGCGUGUAAGAAUCGGCAUACGUGAUGAAACUAGACUAAAGGUGCUGCAAGUUCUCUUACCAUUGUGUGCUUUUCUACGAAUUCACUACGAACAUGAGGAGGUUCGAGUGCAAGAACUAUCUAUCUUUACUUGCCAGUAGACGAUCGACUAAAAGAGUUAACUAAAGAGUUUGUCAGGAUGACGAUUAUAGAGGAUAGUGUCCACGAUGGUAGCCAGGGAGACGAAAGGGAAAGUACAAUUGGUUCUUGAGACUGUGGUGUGAGAAACUUUGAAAAAUAUCACCGAAUGCGAGAACGAUUCCGAUCUGACGCGCUACCUCCACGUUCUAUUUUAUAGUUUAUAGUAACGACUAUCUUACAUGAGAUGUGUUUGAAGUCAGGGCCUGACUCAAUGCAGACGAGUGAUUUCUUGUCGUCUUUAAAAUUCAGUGAAGUUUUAAUUUUAGUGAAUGCAAAUUGAAAAUUCGCUACAAGCAAAGGUUACAGCGACGGAGCUCGAAGAAGUAAUGUAAUUUGCUCGUUUAUGUCAAAUCUAAUCAUCGAGUAAGAAAGGUUUUUUACCCGACGAUUACCCUGUCGUCUGUAUUUCCGUUCCGAAAGUUCGCAAUUAUAAGUUAACCAGAUAUCUGGAUAUCGGCUGUCGGGUACCGACUGAAUUAAUCAAACUUUCUCGCCUCGACCGGAAGCAUUAAUCCCAAUUAUCUCGGUCCGUUUUAAUUCAAUUAUCUUGAGAAUCGCGUUUCAUUUUCACGUGUUCGAGCUGUUCGAGCAGAAUGAAACGAGACUUCGAUCGAACGCGAGGUGCUUUUGUGUAUAUAAAUAAUGCACACGAUUCAUUGAUCCUCAUUGAUCAAUCGAUAGAAACGAGCAGAAUCGAUGGUCAUUACCGAGAUGAAGGAUCGAUGAAAAUAAAAUCGGCGACGAAUGGUUGGUUUCCAAAAAUGCGCGUGCUUUGUUCUCAAGUCUUCUUCGUAUUCUAACAAUGGUAUAUAUAAAGCAUUUCUUUUUUCCUUUUUGCGAACCACCACAACUGCAAAAUUGUCACACGAGGCGGAAUAAUCUCUUAUUCAUUUGAUAAUCGAGUAUCUUUAAGAAUAUUGUAAUAAUAAUAUUAUAACAAGUAUUAACUUAUAGACGAAAUGUAACUGUUUUUCGAAUUUUGCCGAAAAACACCAUUAUUUUAGUAAUUAUGUUAAGUUCGUCGAGGUUCAGAGAGAGAAAGAGAGAUUUCAAAAUCAUUAAAUUUUACAGUUGCGGUGGUUCCUGAACUUUAGGUGCUACGUGUUACUCUGUCAGGAUUAGUUGCACGAUUCUAGUUAUUUUCGUACGCGAGAAGCUCGAAAACGUUGAAUUUUUUCCAGCGGGGAAAGUUUUCAGCGGCGAAGCCUAUAUAUUUGUUAAUUUUUGUAAUAUCUUUUCCUAAUAUCUUCCUUCCUUCCUUCUCUUUCGUCUUUGUUGUUAUUCCGAAGUUAUAACGACGCUUACGCAAAGAAAGUUCCCCACGAUUCCUGUUACCGGUGGAAUAAACUAUAACUCGAGCUUAAUAUCCCCUUUCUCAUUGUUUCUCUCUAACGAACAUGUAAAUUAAUUUUUAUACAUAUUACAGAUACGUCAUGAAAACUCGUGUUCUUGUAAAAAAAAAAAAGAAUUAAUAAAAUCUAAUUUUAUAGUCAUCGU